AUGGAACAGCCCGAGGACAUGGCGUCGCUGAGCGAGUUCGACUCCUUGGCGGGCAGCAUCCCGGCCACCAAGGUGGAGAUCACCGUGUCCUGCAGGAACCUCUUGGACAAAGACAUGUUCUCCAAGUCUGACCCACUCUGCGUCAUGUAUACUCAAGGGAUGGAGAACAAGCAGUGGCGGGAGUUUGGACGCACCGAGGUCAUUGACAACACACUCAAUCCCGACUUUGUGCGCAAGUUCAUCGUGGAUUACUUCUUCGAGGAGAAGCAGAACCUCCGUUUUGACCUGUAUGAUGUUGACUCCAAGAGUCCUGAUUUAUCCAAACACGAUUUCCUGGGCCAGGCCUUCUGCACCCUUGGAGAGAUUGUGGGGUCCCCUGGGAGCCGCCUGGAGAAGUCCCUCACCGGCGUCCCAGGGAAGAAAUGUGGCACCAUCAUCCUGUCUGCCGAGGAGCUCAGCAACUGCAGGGACGUCGCCACAAUGCAAUUCUGUGCCAACAAGCUGGACAAGAAGGAUUUCUUUGGGAAGUCUGACCCCUUCUUGGUGUUCUACAGAAGCAACGAGGAUGGAACGUUCACCAUCUGCCACAAGACGGAGGUCAUGAAGAACACCCUAAAUCCAGUCUGGCAAACUUUCUCCAUUCCCGUGAGAGCCCUCUGCAACGGGGACUAUGAUCGGACCAUCAAGGUGGAGGUGUACGACUGGGAUCGAGACGGCAGCCAUGACUUCAUUGGGGAGUUCACCACCAGCUACCGGGAGCUGGCCCGCGGGCAGAGCCAGUUCAACAUCUAUGAGGUGGUAAACCCAAAAAAGAAAAUGAAGAAAAAGAAAUAUGUGAAUUCGGGCACAGUCACGCUGCUUUCCUUUGCUGUGGAGUCAGAGUGCACAUUUCUCGACUACAUCAAAGGAGGGACCCAGAUCAAUUUCACAGUGGCCAUUGAUUUCACAGCCUCCAAUGGGAACCCCUCGCAGUCGACAUCGCUGCACUACAUGAGCCCCUACCAGCUGAACGCCUACGCGCUGGCACUGACCGCAGUCGGGGAGAUCAUCCAGCACUACGACAGCGACAAGAUGUUCCCCGCCCUCGGCUUCGGGGCCAAGCUGCCCCCGGACGGCAGGGUGUCCCACGAGUUCCCGCUGAACGGCAACCAGGAGAACCCCUCGUGUUGUGGCAUCGAUGGCAUCCUGGAGGCCUACCACCACAGCCUGCGCACGGUGCAGCUCUACGGCCCCACCAACUUCGCCCCCGUGGUCACGCACGUGGCCAGGAACGCGGCCGCAGUGCAGGACGGCUCCCAGUACUCAGUGCUGCUCAUCAUCACAGAUGGGGUCAUCUCGGACAUGGCGCAGACCAAGGAGGCGAUCGUCAACGCCGCCAAACUCCCCAUGUCCAUCAUCAUCAUCGGCGUGGGCCAGGCAGAGUUCGAUGCCAUGGUGGAGCUAGAUGGCGAUGAUGUGCGGAUCUCCUCGCGGGGAAAGCUGGCCGAGCGGGACAUUGUCCAGUUCGUGCCCUUCAGGGACUACGUGGAUCGCACGGGCAACCACGUGCUGAGCAUGGCGCGCCUGGCCCGCGACGUGCUGGCCGAGAUCCCCGACCAGCUGGUGUCCUACAUGAAGGCGCAGGGCAUCCGCCCGCGCUCCCCGCCCACGGCCACGGCUCGCUCUCCCCCACAGUCGCCGGCCCGCACACCCCCAGCUUCCCCGCUGCACACGCACAUCUGA